AAGUAAAAGGGUAUUUCUAGAUCUUAAAUGUUGUGUUUUUCGAAGGAUUCGUAUUUUCUUAUCGGUGAUUGUGUACACUGUAUUCUACGGGUAUACGCCGUUGUCCAAUCUCACCUUAAACCAGUAGGUGGUUCGAUGGCGUGUUGGCGACAUUAUCUUAUCUGAUUGGUCUUCGUUUCAGGUCUGGCGAUGGUGCGCGGCUUGGGGGUGGUGCUUCGGUUGUUGUCCGGCGAGAAAAUUGCUUUGUUGAAGCCAAAUAUAUUAGUGUUAAGAGGAACUGUUUUAAGACGACUAGUCUUUACAAGUAAUAGUAUUGUCCCUAAACACCCUACGCCUGUCCUGUUCAGAAACCUAUCAAGUGAGGUGAGAGAACCACCAGAGUCUGCAGUGAGGAUGCCUGAAAUAAACACAGAUAAUUUAGACGACAAGCAAGUCCAGCUGCUGGCAGAGAUGUGUAUUCUUGUUGAUGAGAACGACCAGAAGACGGGAGCAGACAGCAAGAAGAACUGCCACCUGAACUCUAAUAUUGACAAAGGCUUACUGCAUCGCGCAUUCAGUGUCUUCCUGUUCAACAGUGAAGAUAAGCUGCUCUUACAACAGAGAUCCAAUGCCAAAAUUACUUUUCCAGGGUGUUAUACCAACACAUGCUGCAGUCACCCCCUGCACAUAGCCAGUGAGCUGGAAGAGCUUGAUGCAAUCGGUGUCCGGAGAGCUGCAUCAAGAAGACUGGAGGCAGAGCUGGGAAUCCCAAUGGAUCAGGUUCCCCCAGAGGAGAUGACCUAUCUGACCCGUAUCCACUACAAGGCUCAGUCAGAUGGUGUUUGGGGGGAGCACGAGAUCGACUACAUCCUCUUCAUGCAGAAAGACAUUCCGGUGAACCCAGACCCCAACGAGAUCCAGACCCACUGUUAUGUCACUAAAGAAGAGCUGAAAGAGAUGCUGAAGAAGUCCAAGAACAAUGAGUUACUUAUCACACCUUGGUUCAGCCUCAUUGCAGAGACAUUCCUUUUCAAAUGGUGGGAUAACCUGCAGAAUCUCAAAAAGUUCAUGGAUCAUGAAAAAAUACAUAGGAUGUAAGGCUUUUGUUGCAUUUCAAAAUGGGCUCCCAAGAGGGGUGCACUACAAAGCAACUUUGGACAUGUAACCAGAAAUAAUUAUGGAUUUUCUUAUUCACUGUUAAAAAUAGAAAUUUGUUAUUUGAUGUAGAGAGAAUUGCAUGUCCAUUUCAAUAAUAUCUUUAAAAUAUAUAUACAAUUAUAAAUUCAGGAAUUUGGCUGGCUAACUCAUUGAUUGUGCUUUGUAAUUUACCCCUCUGGUGAAAAGCAUCAUGGUACACAUGGUGUAUUUAGAGAAGUAGAAAUAUGGUUUUGUAGUUUUUAAAUGGAAUGCUGCUAUAAAGGAUGCAGGGUGGUUUUAGUCUUGAGGGAUGAAUCUUAUUUAAAUUUGUGAAUCCCUGAACUGGCUGAAAAUAAACAGAAUUUA